AGGGAGGGCUCGGCCAACCCCCAAUCCCUGUCCGGUGUCCCCAGUCCGUCCGGGUCCGUGCACAGUCCCGCAGAGCCGCGGCCGGGGGGGCACCAUGGUGGUGACACUGGGCUACUGGGACUUCCGCGGGCUGGCCCACGCCAUCCGCCUGCUGCUGGAGUACACGGACACCCCCUACCAGGAGCGCCAGUACCACCCUGGCCCAGCCCCCGAUUUUGCCCCGAGCGAUUGGACCAACGAGAAGGAGAAACUGGGGCUCGACUUCCCCAAUCUCCCGUAUCUCAUCGACGGGCCCGUCAAGCUGACCCAGAGCAACGCGAUCCUGCGCUACAUCGCCCGCAAGCACAACCUGUGCGGCGAGACGGAGCAGGAGAAGCAGCGCGUGGAUGUGCUGGAAAACCAGCUCAUGGAUGUCAGGGAGGCCUUCUGCCGGCUUUGCUACGACCCCAACUAUGAGAAGCUGAAGGCGGGAUACCUGGAGCAGCUUCCCAAGAAGCUCCAGGAGUUCUCGCGCUUCCUGGGCUCCCGCACCUGGUUCGCGGGGGACAAGCUGACCUUCGUGGACUUCGUGGCAUACGAUGUGCUGGAUCGGCUCUACAUGUUUGUGCCCAACAGCCCCGAAUUCCAGGGAAACCUGAGCAGCUUCCUGCAGCGCUUCGAGGCCCUGCCCAAGGUCUCUUCCUACAUGAAGACCCCACGGUUCAUCAAAACACCCGUUUUCUACCCCAUAGCCAAGUGGGGCAACACCAAGGAGUGAGGGGAGGACCCCCACAAGCCCUCCAUGCCCCCAACUCACUCUGUGCCCCCCAGCUCACUCCACCGCGAAUAAAUCGUGGGGGGCUCUCCCCUGUCCGUCUGA